GGCUAUCCUCGGCGGUGGGGGAGCUCGGAUAUGGCAGCUAGGCAGUCCGCUGUUUGCCUUGCUGAGGCACGGGCCGUUCCAUGAACACGUCUCGUCGUGUAUACCGCAUCUUGUCGCGUUCUAUCCACGAGAAAUACUCGCAAUAUCCUUUGGUUGUAUAUACCGUUUCGUAGCACGCAACUUUCGAGGGUGGCUCGCGGUGACACGCGGAUUUUCUGUAACCCCGUCCUAUCUGUGUCGGGAGUUGCACUCCCUGGGAGCGGCAUGCUCAACAACAUCUCCGCCGGCGGUUCGGUACACGGUAUUCCCGGAGCGAAGGAUCUUCAUGCGCAGGACCUGAAGAGGCACGAGAAGUUGGACGGCGUGCUGGGAGUGAAUUUGGGCACCGGAUUGUCUGCCGGCAGUGGCCUCACGCUUCAUCAGGAAUUAAUCAUGACGAUGCCUGGCACGGGAAACGCGGCUGCGAUUGGACAAGGCGAUGACAAACCCGCCAAGCAGAAACGCCACCGAACGAGAUUUACACCGGCCCAACUGAACGAACUGGAAAGGUGUUUCAAUCGAACACACUAUCCGGACAUCUUCCUCAGGGAGGAGAUAGCUGUGAAAAUUGGCCUCACAGAAAGUCGAGUACAAGUGUGGUUUCAAAAUCGUCGAGCAAAGUGGAAAAAACGGAAGAAGUGCGGUCCAGUUUUUCGUUCGCCGCCAGGUCCGUUGCUGCCAUCGCAUGGCUUGCCUCCUUUUGGACCGAUGAGUUCCGACCUUUGCGGUGCUGGAAUGUUUAGUGGACCCCCUGAAAGAUGGACAAUGGGAACAGGUCUUGGACAAUUGGGACAAGGAGGCAUGGGAAUGGGUGGUUUCGGCCAAAGUUUAGGACAACUUGGUCAGCAAAGUACAGGAAGCCUCGGCUCGAGCUUAGGUCUUGGUAAUUCUGGACUACCGAUCAGCAGUCCGUCGCAGGCCGUCUAUCAAGCCAGUUAUGGUCUAAAUUCCCUUGGGGGUGUUCACGUGUCAGCGUCCCGGGGCUCGCCGCCAGGAGGAUCCAGCGUGGGCGGUGGUCAGGGUGGCGGGUUAGGAUCGGCCUUGAACUGCGGCCAGGGCUCGCCUGGAACGACUUCCGGCAGUGGAGGCGGUGGCGGCGGUGUUUCCUGCGUGGCUGCCGACGUGAACGCAACCGAGGCGUCGGAUUGGAGAGGCGCCCACAGCAUCGCAGCGCUUAGGCGUCGUGCCUCGGAUGCGUCGCAGCAAUACAGUCCACAGCCACCGCCACCACCCGCAGGACCUCCUCAGUAUGCCCAGGACAUGGAGUACAAUUCCGUUUACUGAGGCCCUGCCAGUUUCACCAUUAACUCGACGAUAAAUCCUAUCGGGGAAAUGUUUCAAGGAUUCCCUUCGUGGAUGGUUCCGAACGGUCAACGUGCAGGGUAGAUGGGUCGAAGUAACGCGCAACAAGAGGGAAGGACACAGGAUGUUUCUCCAGGAUGUUUCUCUCUCUCUCUCUCUCUCUCUCUGCUCCUCGUUAUCGUCGCUCGGAAAGCAUGCAUCUCUGUUCGCCACGACAGGUGUACGAUUCCGAUUUUUAGCGAUUGCAACGAUGGACAGCGUCGUAGCGCCGGAUUCUGUCUAUUGAGGUGGUCCCGAUGAUAAUAAGUAUUCGUUGUUACGUUAUUUUUGUUCUCGAGUUAUGUAUGACUAAAGAAGAAGGAGAAGAAAAGAAAGAAAAAGGAGGAGGAAAGGAAGAAGUUGGCUGAAGGAUUUUGAUGUUACGUUACUGGACUGACCGUGACAAAAUGAUAAAUUCAAGUUACACAAUGGACAUGUAUAGAAAGUUUGUCACUGUUAGAAACUAAGUCAACAACAACGAAUUUUAGUUGUCUCUAUGAUGGUUAUAGAAGACACGUACUCUUAAUAUUUGUUUUAUUCUUGCUUGGCUGGGUCAAUUUGCAAUCGUGAAUAGGAUUCAAGCGACUGUAAAAUUUCAGCGGUGAUGCCGAUGUCCGUUUCUUCUGACAACCAUACGUGUGAUCGUGAUAUUUGAGAAAAGUGAGUCGUUGGACUGAACAAGUAUGAAUAAACAUCGCCAAGGUACUCGAAAGAUGAAUGAUGUCAAACGCGUGAGCAACUAAGAGAAAAAGGCUUCGUUAAUUAAAGUUGUAACGUACUAGUGACUUCUUUGAGAGAAUUCGUGUCAUACUGAAGCUGUGCAACGCUGAGAAAAUGCAGUGAUCACUUCAUAUAGUAUACACGUAUUAACUUUAUCACGGAUACUCAUCGGACGAUUUGCUACGUUCCAUGCAUUUCUAACAUGGCUAAUUGCAAAUUUAAACUUUGUAUACCAAUAAUUCUAUCAUUGUGUGUUAUAGUUGAAACGGAUGUGUUUGAUUUUAUCGAUAUUUUACAACUGUAUGUAACGUUUACUUCGUUUACUUCCUCGCGAAUUACUUAUAGGUAAAUCAAUCGAUUAAUUUGGUGGAAAUUUAAAUCAGUUGUAUGAACGAGAGUUUAUUUAAACGUUACGAAAUAUCGCUUUACAUCCCAUUUCGAAGAAAUCUUGCGAAUCAUAAAUAAUAAAUUCUCGCGCCGUGGCACGGUGUAAUGAAAAAGUAUACGACGAGUUAUUAUAGCAUUACGUAUGGCAUUGUAAAUAUAGUAAAAAGAUUGACGUAACAACUAUGAUCGAUUAUAAUUAUUACUAUUAAAUUUAGCGAUAUCACCGAUAACUUUCUGCAGAAAUCUAGUUCCGUUGGCUUACGGUGCCCUAACCUACUUUUAAAAACCAAAGCAACAGUACUUUCUUAUAAUUUUCCGCAAACCCGCUUCACCCAAACUUGAUUUUAUUACCAGCGAAAUAACAAGGAAGGAGCCUGUGCAACGAUCGCUUUAAGCUUUAACAAUUAAAACCAAUAAUUUGUAUAUGUUGAAUACGCAAAAAGGGACGAAGCUAACCUUUCUCUGUUCUCUUUAUAUUUUCAACGCAGACAGGUUUCAUUCUUGAAAUCGAACGUCGAAAUGUAAGUAAAUGCUGGAGAAAAGGCAACGUGUAUUAAACAAGGAAUUUCACUUGCUCCAAAAAUACAGUAUGUGUGUGUGUAACGUUGACUCUUGCAUGAAAAGAACAAUACUUUGAGUAAACUAAAAUGCAAGUUAGCACUUACGCGUAUUGCAUUUCCCGAUUUACUAUCCUAGAACGCUGCAAACUAUAGAUUGUUUCUGUUGUUGUACACCGGAGCGUAAGUUUUGUAAAUAGAGUAUACGUCUAACAAUUAAUAAUAAUUGAAUAUUGUAAGCGAACACGACAUCACAUUUACGAACGAACGUACGCAAGUAUACUUGGACAUUGUGAUAUUUUAGGCUCGCUGUUGCAUUUUUUUCGACAGCGACGAGCCGUGUACAUGAUAUUGCAAGAAGAAUAAGCGGUACCACAUUAGUGAUCGCGAGUGACGACGAACGUCGAUUAUUCUAGUUACGAAUUUAUGGUAGUCAUAGGUAAAACUUAGUGAUAAAUAUGAAAUGAACGAUAUGCAGUUGUCAGUGUAUUACUACGAAACGUAUACGAUUUUUAAUGUACAAAAAAAGAAAAAAAAAAUAACGGUAUAGCUGCGGGACGACGUCUUUUCGGAAUUUCAUCCUGCUGGUACGAUUUGUGUUCGGGAUGAAAUAACCUAUACUCGAACUGAUCUUAGCGAUUCUUUUCUUUCCUCUUCUCUUGUCGCUCGUUUGUUUUUCUCCACGGAAUAUUUUCUACACACCUUCCGAUUUGGACGUUUUUAUACGUAUUUAAAUAAAAUGAAACACCUGCGUAUACAAGACAUUUACAAAGUGUCUCGCGAAAUUGCGUUAUGUCUCUCGUUGAAUAGUACGAAAGAUAUAAUAUUUAUUUAUCGGCUGCGUGCGUGCGUGCAUAAAGCGAUUUUACGAAGAUCGAGUCUGUCAAAGUAUCGUGCUUGCUGGCGAUUGAAUUAAAUUGCAUGAAUAUUUUACAACGAUAUGAUUGAUUGCGUAUUUCGCGUGAACGUUCUCCUUUUUUCUUGGCCCGUACAGUUUACAAGCAAUGAAAUAUAUUUGAUAGAACGUGUCGCAAAAGAAUGGACUGACUUUAUGCAUCUUUAACACAAAUCAUUAUCGUCAAUGACCCUAAUUAGUGAUAAAUAGAAAAAUUUUAAUUUUUAUCGUUGUAUAGUUGUGUAUAGAAGACAACUAAGUGUGUAAAAUAAAUCAUUAUCAAAAAAUCAGAAUUCUUAUAUAUCUUUAAUAACUUUGCUGAUAGAACCCUGAGCAAUAAUCUAACAAAUUUGUACUAGAAUACUUAACUUUAUAAUACAAACACCGUUUUUAUUUGAAAAUAUACAUUUUAAUAUUCAUGGAUACAUACAUUACGUUUGUGGCAAUAGCACAUGAAAAUGUUCACAGGAUAUAAGAGAAAUAUAGAGAUUGACAGAAAAUAGAAAAGAAGAAAUAUAAAGUAAGUUAUUUAUAAACAUUGUAAGUAUCGGUACAUUUAAAAGUACUAAAAUACACAGUCUCAGGUACUAGAAAAAUACUGUCUUUGUCGAACACAUUUGAGUAAGUGGUAAUUUGUUGAUAUUGAUUAAAUACAACAUUUUUGGACAUGGAUAUAAUAAUAAUUAUAAAUUAAAAUAAUUAUAUAUUUAUACCGUUUUUCGUAUACCUUUUUUAAAGGGAUAUGUCAAUAAUUUGUAAUGUAUAGUUACAUAAUAGUAUAAUUUGUAAAUAUAUAUAGUUAUUGACAUUUAAUACGUACAACUUAAGUUUGGUCACUUUUUAGGUGUUAUUUGCAAGGCCAUCAUUAUCAGGUAUGUUAUAAUGUUGCGAUAAAUAUUUUUUAAGUUAAUUAUUUAUAUAAAUUUUGAACAUACAUUAUAUAUAUUGAUCUUUUACCCUAUUUUGCAUAAACAGGAUAUUUUGCAUUUGUUAUGUAUUGGCUGUUAAUUCUAACAUUAUAAAAAAUAGUUUGUCACAAUAUCAAAUGUGUUCAAGAUAACAAUAAAAUCUUUAAUCUUUAAAGCUUCAAAUAGCACCUCGUCUCUUACAUAUCUUUAUAGGAAAAUUUCAACUCUUAUUUUUACCAUUUACAAAAUUUAUUAUUAUAAAUUAAUGUAAAAGCUAGUGUAAAUAUUAAACUAAAUCAAAUAAAUCUCCUAAAAAGAAAUACAAAAUCUAAAAUAUCGGCAGUUCUUUGGAAACACGAAUUGCACAGUAGUGAAAGACAAUAUAGAUAUCUAUCAAAUUGAAUAUUCGAUAAAGUAUAAGCGCGGUUUGGUUCGAAUAUUGAUAACACACACAUAUAUAUCGUAUUUCAAUAUAUCUCGUUUCUCAAAUAUGGGAGAAACGUUUUAAUACUUCUUCGAGUGUAAUUAUUAUCUAAAACACGCAGGAAUAAUAAUGUCUAUAAAAUCGAAUCGAGUAGACUGUAAUACACGAUUAUCCCCAUGCUAGGGAUAUAGCAGAUUCGAAUAAUCGCGCGGUUGUCUACUUUGGGCUGUCAUAAUUUCAGUUGGAUUUAGUUAAUGCGUAGUGGCGGGAGUCGGUACCGGUCAACGACAAAGUCUUAAGUAACGAAUUCGAUACUUUCUUAAACAAUAUAAUAAAAACAAUCACGUAUACUUAACUCAGUGAGUGAUAAUAAGUGACCU